CUUUCGAUUAAACAAAACAAAAAUCCUAACCUAACCAGCAAAAAGGAAGAAGCUCAAAUUUCAAAAUUCGAACUUGGCGCUCUUUCAAGUUCAGAAUCACAGAUCCCUAAUUCCCAUUUGUCAGAUCGUCAAGCCUUUCUCUUUCUCUGUUUCUGUCUCUUCCUCACCACAAAGCAACAGAGAUGGGUGCCAAUCACAGCCGCGAAGAUCUGGAGCUCUCCGACUCCGACGCAGAAAAUUACGAAGAACAGUCGGAUCAAGAAGAAGCUGAAGAAGAAGAAGAAAACUACCAUGACGCAAAAGAUAGGUCCUCGGAGCGCCGACCCCAAACACCGUCUUCGCUUGAUCAAGUAGAGGCCAAGCUCAAGGCCCUGCAGCUUAAAUACCCCUCCUCAGACCAGAAUCCCAAUCUCAAGAAUGCCGUCAAGCUCUACCUCCACAUCGGCGGAAACACCCCCAUCGCCAAAUGGGUAGUCUCAGAGAAACUCACUUCGUACUCUUUCGUCAAGACCUCUCGAAUCGACGGUGACAAUGACGAGGACGAAGACGGGGACGAUGACGAGGAGGGCGGAGAUUCUUGGUGGUUUUUGAAAGUGAGUUCCAAGAUUAGGGUGAAGGUUUCAACGGAGGCGCAAUUGAAGACUUUCGGGGAUCAGCGUCGCGUUGAUUUUGUGUCCAAAGGUGUUUGGGCGAUGAAGUUUUAUAGCGACGAGGACUACAAGGGUUUUGUUGCUAAGUUUCAGGAAUGUUUGUUUGAGAAUACGUACGGGGUGGAGGCCACGGAGGAGAAUAAGGUGAAGUUGUACGGGAAAGACUUCAUUGGGUGGUUGAAGCCGGAAACUUUGGACGACUCUAUGUGGGAAGACGCUGAUGAUGCAUUCUCAAAGAGCCCGAGUUCGGAAACGCCGGUGAGAGCGAGCCAUGAUUUGAGGGAGGAGUUUGAGGAGGUGGCCAACGGUGGGAUACAGAGCUUGGCAUUGGGGGCGUUGGAUAAUAGUUUCUUAGUUGGUGAUUCGGGCAUUCAGGUUGUCAAGAACUUCGCUCAUGGAAUUCAAGGGAAAGGCGUUUGUGUCAAUUUCGACGGUGGGGAUUACAGGAGUGGUUCGAGUAUGGCGCACUCCACGCCGAGAAAGGCACUGCUUAUGAAGGCAGAGACUAAUAUGCUCCUCAUGAGUCCAAUGAAUGGGGGGAAGCCUCACUCCAAAGGGCUCCAUCAGCUUGAUAUUGAAACUGGGAGGAUUGUUACGGAGUGGAAGUUUGAGAAAGAUGGAACUGAUAUUACAAUGAGGGAUGUGACAAAUGAGAGUAAAGGAGCACAAUUGGAUCCCUCGGGCUCAACAUUUUUGGGAUUGGAUGACAACAGGCUUUGCCGGUGGGAUAUGCGUGAUCGAAAAGGGAUGGUUCAAAAUCUUGCUAAUGCUAGCACCCCAGUCUUGAAUUGGACACAGGGGCAUCAGUUCUCCCGAGGGACUAAUUUUCAGUGCUUUGCAACUACCGGUGAUGGCUCAAUUGUUGUUGGGUCUCUUGAUGGGAAGAUUAGAUUGUAUUCAAUCAACUCUAUGCGACAAGCGAAGACGGCUUUCCCGGGCCUUGGUUCACCUAUUACUCAUGUGGAUGUUACCUUUGAUGGGAAGUGGAUCUUGGGCACUACGGAUACCUAUUUGAUCCUUAUCUGCACGCUCUUUACUGACAAGGAUGGGAAAACAAAGAAUGGGUUUAGUGGCCGUAUGGGAAAUAGGAUUUCGGCUCCGAGAUUGUUGAAGCUAAAUCCACUGGAUUCGCAUCUAGCUGGAGUAAAUAAUAAGUUUCGAAACGCUCAGUUUUCAUGGGUCACGGAGAAUGGAAAGCAGGAGCGCCAUUUGGUUGCAACAGUGGGAAAAUUUAGUGUGAUAUGGAACUUCUUACAGGUGAAGAAUAGCUCUCAUGAAUGCUACCGCAAUCAGGAUGGUCUCAAGAGCUGCUAUUGUUACAAGAUAGUCCUGAAGGAUGACUCCAUAGUUGAUAGUCGCUUCAUGCAUGAGAAAUUUGCCGUCACCGAUUCACCCGAGGCCCCGCUGGUCAUUGCAACCCCCAUGAAAGUCAGCUCCUUCAGCAUAUCCAGCAGGCGAUGACAUUCUCAGUCAUUUCUUACUUAUUUGCUCUUUUAGCUUAAUCAAUGAAGCUUCAAAUGCUUUGGUUUAGAACUUUAUUGUAUUCUAGAUUAUUGUUUCAUUAGGGCAUGUUUCAAAAUGAAGUCAGUAACUGAUAGUUUCUAAUUUUUCUGACUGCUUUAAAGGAGAGUUACAGAUUGUCUUGCAAUUUGCAAGCGAUUUGAUGUCUCCCAGCAAUUAGUGUUGUAUUAAUGCUUGAUGAAGCACAUGUUCUUCUUUCUCUGCUUUAGACAUAUGAAGUGAACUUCAGUUGGCUAUAAAUGAGUCUUGUUCUGAAUCAAA